UUGAAACGUUCUAGUCGUUGCCGAUGUUUUUGUUGUAAAUGCGACGUGCGCCAUCGACAAGGCGGUGAUUGAAUGACGAACGGCGAUUAGCGUUUGUUUUCUAUUGUGAUUAGUUGGUGAAGUGGAAAGAUAAUGUGGCGCCUUUAGGAUGAGCGAAAGCCGUUUUGGGGUGUGGGGGGUUCUUUGAGAAAUAUAUUUUUUUAUCGGGCGAUAAUUGACUCAUCUCGGCAAGAACUCCCAAUUACCCUCACCUAGAUGGAAGCCGGUCGCGGAAAACGAAGUCACACCCACGAGUGGGGGCUUCUGUUCCCCCUAAAAAGCGGACUGUUCGCCAUGAGGUCCUCAAACAGUCACUCAACGGACAGGCUGAAAUGCAAGAGCAACUCCAAGAAGGUGGCCGAAAAUGAGAGGAUCCGGAUGCGGAGAGGCUCCAGCCUUUCCGAGCUCGACAAGCUGGCCGAUAACGCUUUGCCCGACCUCGUCAGGUCCACCACGGCCCAGCAUCAGCUGUCGCUCAGUCCGGCAUCGCUGCCUCACAGCCCUUACCUCUCGAGGUCGCUGAUGAGCAGUAACACCACGUCGAUCAGGGGCAGCAUUGGGGAUCUUAUGAAUCAGAAGAAGUUCGGUAGUAGUCAGUGGAGCGUGAGAAGUGAGACUCUGAUAGCUAAGACUGUACCUCUUUCUACUGUCACUCCGCGACAUUCACCGCCCGCUGUUUCCUGUGACAUUACUUUGGAGAGAACGUUGCAAGAGUUCGAUACUUUGGGGCCUUUGACUGCGGCGCAGAGAACGCAGAAGCUGUCCAGGCUGAUCAAGCAGCAGAGGUCAGCGAUCUAUAGAGGGGUAGGUGAAUUUUGA